AUGGCACCUUCUGCUUCAGACGAAAGCAAGUUUGUUGCUAUGUUCAUGUUGCCGAAAUUGCUAGAUCAAACAGAUGCUGAAACAAUAGAGAGAGCAUUUAAAGGAAUGAACUUUGGGUUCAUUGAACGAUUGCUUAGAACAAAUCAUUCAGUGGACGCAGAGGUACCCGAUCAGCUACUUAAAGAAAUUGCUGUCAAUAUUCUCGCUUGCUUUUCUCGCUAUGAGGCACUUGCUCAAGAUAAAAAUAUGAUCGACCGUAUAGCUGGACUGUCACGUCUGCUGAAACCAGAUGACGAUCUGUCAAAGGAAAUACUGCAUAUUUUAUUAUGCGUGUCUACAGAAAAGCAUGGUCUCGUAAGAAUGCUGGAUACAGACGUUGUCAAAAAUAUUCUUGAGGUUGUCCUAGGAAGUAAUCAGAAAGAGCCUCGAGAGCUUGCCUCUCAGUUGUUGAUAUCAGUCUAUACACGAUCUGCAAGGAUAUCAGCCCCUAGUAUCAACCAAGCUCUUGAAUAUUCAUUGUGCACACUCUUUCCGAUUCUCUGCAAGACCCUGGAUCAAGAUCAAAAAUUAGUAAAGUUUGAGUCCCUCAAUUUAUUAAGCUUCAUCUUACCAGAAAUGCCCGCAGAAAGUUUGAAGCAACUCAAGAGUGACAACAGACUGUCGGUAUGGUUGGAUCAUUUACUCGGAGGUUUACGUCAGAUUCUGACAAGCAAAACAAAUGACGAGCUACGAGACAAGGCAAUUAUAUUAAUUGGUUGCUCCCUGCGUCUAUUUGGCAACCAGUGGCUAUUUGGUUCACUCCUACAUACCAGAUCGGCUAGUCGUAAAAAGGAAAAGGCACCUGCAGGUGACAAAAAGACAGACGAGGCGUAUCAAAAAGCCAAUUUUCCUGCGUUACUUGUUCAUCUUGUGGCCAUUGAAGCCAAGAUCAUGUUGGAUGAUAUCAACGACCACGCACUCCGCGAACAUAAUGAAGAAAAGAAAAUCAUCAACGUCACACGACAGCAAAGGCAGGAAAGAAUGCUGCCAGAAUACUUUAAUAUACUCGAGAGUGCUAUUGAGUUCCUUUCAAGCCAAGAAGAUGAGCAAUUUCACGGUAUGGAUGUGGAGAUGUUAUUAAAGAUUCGUAAAACCCUUUCGGAAGUCAUGGAGGUCGUUAUGGAGCUCUUACGGUUUAAACAAGGUAUGGCGGAACGUCCAGAAGACUUGGAUCAAGACAUGGUUGCUCAAGCAUGUAUGCGAAUUGUAUCUUUAUGGAUGGCAGAACAAGGAUAUGAAAUUCAAGAGGGAGAAAAUAAAUAA